UGGGCGUUGUAGGCCUCGGGCCUGUGGAGCAUGCCGGGAGUUGUAGUCCGCACCCGCUUGUGGCGGGCUCUGCGUAUCAUGGCGUCUUCGCCGCGCUCCCGCAGUCUUCCGCUUGGCCCCAGAAAGUUUCGGUUCUGCCCAGCGGUGGACCCACUAGCGCGUGCCACCAUGGAGUCUGACUUCUGCUGACCGGACCCAGGCAGGAGGGCACAGCCGAGACCGCGGCCUGUAGCCAGUCGCCAUGGCUUCCCCCAGCGCGGAGAGCCAGCUCCAGAGGAUCAUCCGUGAUUUGCAAGAUGCUGUGACAGAGCUAAGCAAAGAAUUUAAGGAAGCAGGGGAACCCAUCACAGAUGACAGCACCAGCUUGCAUAAGUUUUCUUACAAACUUGAGUACCUCCUUCAAUUCGAUCAGAAGGAGAAGGCCACCCUCCUGGGCAACAAGAAGGACUACUGGGAUUACUUCUGUGCCUGCCUGGCCAAGGUGAAGGGCGCCAACGAUGGGAUCCGAUUCGUCAAGUCUAUUUCCGAGCUCCGGACAUCUCUGGGGAAAGGCAGAGCAUUUAUCCGCUACUCGCUGGUGCACCAGAGGCUGGCAGACACCCUGCAGCAGUGCUUCAUGAACACCAAAGUGACCAGUGACUGGUACUAUGCCCGAAGCCCCUUUCUGAAGCCGAGGCUGAGCUCUGACAUUGUGGGCCAGCUCUACGAGCUCACCGACGUUCAGUUUGACCUGGUGUCCAGGGGCUACGACUUGGACUCGGCCUGGCCGACGUUUGCCAGGAGGACACUGGCCCCCGGCUCCUCUGCCUACCUGUGGAAACCCCCCAGCCGGAGCUCCAGCAUGAGCAGCUUGGUGAGCAGCUACCUGCAGACUCAAGAAAUGGCCACCAGCCUUGACCUGAACAGCCCCUUGAAUAACGAGGCCCUGGAGGGCUUUGAUGAGAUGCGGGUGGAGCUGGACCAGCUGGAGGUGCGGGAGAAGCAGCUGCAGGAGCGCAUUCAGCAGCUGGACCGAGAGAACCAGGAGCUGCGGGCAGCCGUCACCUCACAGGGGGAGCAGCUCCAGGUGGAGAGGGAGAGGGCCCGCUCUGCCGCCGAGGACAACGUCCGCCUAACGCGCAUGACGGCCGAGCUGCAGAAGCAGUGGGAGGUCACCCAGGCCACACAGAGCACCGUGCAGGAGCUGCAGAGGUGCCUGCAGGCCCUGGAGCCAGGCCCCGCGGAGAAGGAGGGGGAUUCCCACUUGGCCCUGCGGCGGCUGGAGCCCAUGCUGCAACGCCUGGCACAGGAGCUCGAGGCCACACGGGACGCGCUGGGCAGGAAGGACCAGCUUUCAGCUGAUGUCCCAGGUCCGGGCAUGGCUGAGCAGAAGGCAGAUGUGGCACCGGACACAAAGGGGCAGCCAGAGCUCGACCCCAGUGCCUCGGCCCUGGCGAUCCAGCAGCUGGGGGAGAAGCUUCAUGCCCUAGAGCAGGAGAGCACCAAGGUCCAGGAGCUCAACAGGCAGCAGAGCGCGCAGCUGGAGCAGCUGGCCAGGGAGCUGCAGCUGAAGGAGGAGUCCCGUGCCGGCCUGGAGCGCGUCGUCAGGGAGAUGGCCUCGCUGCAGGAAGAGCUGUCCGCGAAGAGGAAGGAGGCCACCCAGCUCCGGCGCCGGCUGCAGGAGUCGCUGGCCCACAUGAGCACCAUGGAGGAAGAGCUGGCAGAGGUGAGGCAGGUCGAGCGGCGGCAGCGCGAGGAGAAGGAGCUGCUGCAGCGCGAGGCCAGGUCCCUGACACGGCAGCUGCGGCUCCUGGAGACGCAGCUGGCACAGGUGAGCCAGCGCGUGAGCGACCUGGAGGAGCAGAGGAAGCAGCUCAUCCAGGACAGAGACCGCCUCAACGAGAAGGUGGGGACGUUGGAGCAGCUGGCAGCGCAGCCAGGCACAGGCCUGCCCGUGGUGGCGGAGAGCAGUGAGGUGCUGGCCCCCCAGGAUUCUGCCCUGCAGGAGGGACCGACGGAUGGUACUACGGUGCAGGUGAGCGGCCGGGAGGAGGAGCUGCGGCAGGCCAACAUGGAGCUGGAGAAGGAGCUGCAGAGCGUGAUGGCCCGUAACCAGCGCCUGGAGGACAAGCUGCAGGCCCUGCAGGUGGAUUACCAGGCCCUGCAGAAGCGGGAGGCAGCCAUCCAGGGCUCCCUGGCCUCCCUGGAGUCCAAGCAAGCCAGCAUCCGGCAUAUGGGUGACCAGAUGGAGGCCAGCCUCCUGGCUGUUGUGAAGGCCAAGGAGACCAUGAGGGCCCACAUGGCCGAGAAGGAGGCUGCCCUGCAGAGCAAGGAGGCCAAGUGCCAGCAACUGCGGGAGCAGAUGGAGCAGUGCCGGCAGCUGGCAGAGACCCGGGAAGGGGAGCUCAGGGCUUUGGAGAGCCAGUGCCAGCAGCAGACCCAGCUGAUCGAGACCCUCAGAGCAGAAAAAGGCCAACAGGGGCUCAGCCCACCUCAAGAAAAUGCAUCCCAGGAGCUAGCUGCCCAGCUGGCCCUAUCUCAGGCGCAGCUGGAGGUCCAUCAGGGGGAGGCUCAGCGAGUGCAGGCUGAGGUGGUGGACCUCAAGGCCAAGCUCCAGGCAGCCCUGGGUGACCGAGAGAUGGUGCAGAGCCAGCUGAGUGUGACUGAAGCAGCUCUGCAGGAGCACAAGGCCCUUGUGCAGCAACUGAAGGAGCAGAACGAGGCCCUCAACAGGGCCCAUGUCCAGGAGCUGCUGCAGUGCUCAGAGCAGGAAGGGGCCCUGCAGGAGGAGCGGGCCCAGGAGGCCCAUCUGAGGAUGGAGGAACUCCAGGCCCUGCAGGAGGAGCUGUCCCAGGCCAAAUGCAGCUCCCAGGAAGCCCAGCUGGAGCAUGCCGAGCUACAGGAGCAGCUGCACCGGGCCAACACCGACACCGCCGAGCUCGGCAUCCAGGUCUGCGCGCUGACCGCGGAGAGGGAGCGGAUGGAGGGCGUGUUGGCCUGCACCGUCCAGGAGCUCCGGGACGCCAAAGAGGCAGCCGCCAAGGAGCUCAAGGUCUUGGAACACCAGGUGGCGGGGCUGCAGCGAGAGAAGGAGAGCUUGCAGGAGAAGCUGAAGGCGGCCGAGGAGGCAGCUAACUCACUGCCUGGCCUGCAGGCCCAGCUGACCCAGGCCGAGCAGCGGGCCCAGGGCCUUCGGGAGACUGCACACCAGGAGCUUGACACCCUCAAGUUCCAGCUGAGCACCGAGAUCAUGGACUACCAGAGUAAACUUAAGACUGCCAGCGAAGAGUGCAGGAGCCUCCGGGGACAACUUGAGGUACGAGGCCAGCAGCUGCGGGCCGCCAAAGAGGCUGUGGGCAAGCUGGAGGCCGCCCAGGCGGACAUGGGAGAGAAGCUGAGCCGCACCAGCAGCCGCCUCUCGGAGUGCCAGGCCGCCAUGCUGAAGAAGGACAAGGAGGGGGCCGCCCUGCGCCAGAACUUGGACAGGACCCAGAAGGAACUUGAAAAAGCCACGGCAAAAAUCCAGGAGUAUUGCAACAAACUCUGCCAGGAGGCAAGAAGCCGGGAGAAGAAUGACCAGAAGAUGCUGGCGGACCUGGAUGACCUGACUAGGACCAAGAGGAACCUGGAGGAACGGCUGAUAGAGCUGCUCAGGGACAAGGAUGCUCUCUGGCAGAAGUCUGAUGCCCUGGAAUUCCAGCAGAAGCUCAGCGCUGAGGAGCGACUUGGGGACUCGGAGGUGAACCUCUGCUUUGACUGCAAGCGGGAGUUCAGCUGGAUGGUGCGGCGGCACCGCUGCAGGAUAUGUGGUCGCAUCUUCUGUUACUACUGCUGCAACAACUACGUGGCGACAAAGCCGGGGGGCCGGAAGGAGCGCUGCUGCCGAGCCUGCUUCCAGAAGUUCAGCCCCGGCUCCCCGGACAGCUCCAGCUCGGGCACCAGCCAGAGCCAGCCCAGUCCCACUCUGUCGCCGGCCCAGGCUGGGCUGCAGGCCGCCAGAGGCCAAGGCGCAAACCCAGACUUCAGGUCACCAGACGACACUGUGUUCGACAUCAUCACGGACGAGGAGCUGUGCCAGGUACAGGAGUCCGGCUCCUCCCUGCCUGAAACGCCCACCGAAGCCGACUCCCUUGACCCCAGCGUGGCCGACCAGGACACCACAUCAAACUCACUAACCCCCGAGGACACUGAAGACAUGGCCCUGGGGCAGGAUGCGGAAAUCUGCUUGCUGAAGUCCGGAGAGCUGAUGGUAAAAUUGCCCUUCACAGUGGAUGAGAUUGCCAGCUUUGGGGAAGGUAACAGGGAGCUGUUUGUGAGGUCCAGUACCUACAGCCUCAUCUCCAUCACUGUGGCCGAGGCAGGCCUCACCAUCAGCUGGGUCUUCUCCUCCGACCCCAAAAGUAUCUCCUUCAGCGUGGUCUUCAGGGAGUCAGAGGACACACCACUGGAUCAGUGCAAGGUCCUCAUUCCCACCACCCGAUGCAAUUCCCACAAGGAGAACAUCCAGGGCCAGCUCAAGGUCCGCACACCAGGCAUCUACAUGCUCAUCUUCGACAACUCCUUCUCCAGGUUUGUCUCCAAAAAAGUGUUUUAUCACUUGACGGUCGACCGGCCCGUGAUCUACGAUGGAAGUGAUUUCCUGUAGCCUCCGCACCUGGAUUUCAGCAGUUUCACUUCACCCACAGGAAACACUACUCUCUCACCUGCCACAUAAAACACUAAAACAAAAACAACAAAAACAACCAGCCACUCCAAGCUGAUCAACUGUGCGACUCGGCGACACCCUGGCUGCUCUCCCAGCUGCAUGGUCCCGGCAGCAUGCGCUCAGCUCUGUGCUUCACGCUCAGCCCGCAGCUCAGCUCCCGAGGGCUCACGCAGCCUUUCCCUGGCUGCCUCACCCCGCAGGGGCACUGCCGGAGGGCUCACCACUCCUGGGGAGUUUCACAGGCCAGAGGUGGUACCUGCUUCUGCCCAUGGAAAGAGUUGCCCUGCUCUGCCAGCCUGGCCCGGCAUCCUGAGAGACCAUGAGCCAGAUGCCCUUGCCAGACCCGGUGAGGCCUUGGGUCCCAGCGUCAUCAUGAGAAUCAGGGUGCCAGGGGCCCUCACGAGACCUCAGCCAGCCUCCUCCAGCCAUGUUCCUGUCCCUUUCCGCCCCAGUAAGUUCGGCGUUGCUCCCACACUCAGCAAUUCCAGAGGCGCCUCCAACCGCCCCUUCCUCCUGAGCCUUCUGCUGGGCACUUCUGUCCACGAGCAAAGCCCUUCAUCACCAGGCCUCUCAGAUCUCCCCUAAGAAUCAGAACGGGAAAUAAUCCUGUGUUCAGGGAACAGAACCCACCACACGCCGAUUAACGCCAAUGUGUGACCAGAAAGCAGGCUCGUGCUUUGGCAUUCAGAUCCCAUUUCUUGGCUGAUGGCUUUCAUUUAUACAAAUAGGAGCUGCCUCGUGUGCAGAUAUGUUUACUAAUGAUCAUAAUCAGGAUGAGAACCACUUUCAAAAACGGGGGCCUUCUUAAGUCUUAGGUAACUCACGUGUAAACAGGCACAACUCAUGAAUCUGCUCUUUGUUCACCGUUUGGUCCCUGCUCCCCACCUGCCAGAUUCCCCGGCACCACUUGCCCACUUCCUGCUGCUCAGCCCGAACCUGAUGCCCAGGAGCCACCUCCCCUGGGGCAGAUGUUUCCUUUUCCUGGUCUCUGGCCCUUGGCUUCGCCCACCGCAGCAGCUCACCUUUGAUGGCCUCUGUGCCUGUUGAGGGGGGCCAGCCACCUGUAGCCAGGGCCUCAGUCCUUUCAGCUGAGCAGAGCGUCUGACCAGGCAGCCCACGCUGACCGGGGCUGAGGGAGAGAGCGCUGGGCCCGGGCAGCCUGCUGACCAAGUCACGUGACAGCACCUCGGGCUGCACUGUCAUCCAUGAGCCUGGCCUGACCGGUUUCGAGAGCUUGAGGCUGGGUUAGGGCCCCCGGCUAAGAGCAGCACCGACCCCGCGGGCACUGCCCCAGCCGAGCACUCCUGGGGCGGGGGUAGGAGGAAAUGGCUUCUGUGAUGGGCUCAGACCUGUCAUUCAAAUGGAGACUUGGGUUCCUUUAAGUGGGGCGUGGGGAAUGGUGAACGGAACCUUUGGGAGAAAAGCUGGGCCUGUGCUCUUUCCUUGGAGCCACCAGAGCCUCUAGCACCUACGGCCAGGGACCUGGCGGUGCCCUGCACCAAAACCACACGGCAGGGCCCGGAGACCUCACAGCAUGUGCUUGUCCUCAGGUGUGCCACAGCCCGAGAUGGAAGGUUUCAGAGCUCGUUGUUCUGCCUUUGAAUCCCCCCCUCCCGCUUCCAGGAAAGCAUAAUAGGAAGUAGCUGGCUCACGUGAAAGAAACUAACAGUUAAAGGAGAACGCAGGGCAGUCUGGGAUCUGCUGAGAGCUUAGCUUUCGCUGGAACCAGCAUCUUAGUGAGUAGCUGGCGGCUCCUGUGAAAGGCCUGGGACAUUCUAUUCGCGGUCCUGCUGCAGCUUUAAGACCACUUGGCCCGUCAACCCAGAGCCACUCCUGGGGAGCAGGGACCCUUCAUGGUGAGCACCCCUGGAGCGUUGACUGCAGUCGCAAAAGGGUCUUCGCUGGUGGGAGGACUGUCUGAUCCCCAGGUCACGGCGGCCCCUGUAGCAUAUUUUUUGUGUUGGAUGCACUCCUGUCUGUUAAUUUGCGUGCGAGCUCGAGUUUGCUGUGCACCCUGCAGCUGGAGACCGCCUUGGCCUCCUGAGCUGUGGCUUGUGGCAACAGCUUUAUUAUUCUAAACAGGGACCCCGCUUUACUGAGGCUUUGGGGUUGGGGUACUUUUUAAAAAUGCAAAUGACAAUGAAGACCUAGCAAAGGUGGUAGCUCAGCCAGUAGACAAAAUGGCACUAGAAAUCAACCAGGGGGAAACACCUUGGGGUCCCAGGUAAUGAACAAGGGAAAACAGCUGGCCCAGCUCUGAGGGAGUCACUUAUUUUUUAAUAUGGAUGCUGGCUGGCUUGUUCACUGCAGCCUCCACUAACCCAGCGGCCUGAGCACAUGGCCUCUAUCAGGAAGCGGGUUUGGGUGAAGUGUGGCCUCUACAGAGCCCACCGCACUCAGGCCGACUGGACCAGGAACAGACAAAUUCUCCAGCAGGAACCUGGAACGGGAAAACCCCAUGGGGUUUGGGAAGUGGAGAGAAGCCUCACACUAACUCAAACAUGAAGGGGAUGGUUUCUCCAAACAUGUCCGUUGUCACCAACCUAAUGUGCUGAAGCCAUUCCACUCCCAUGAAGCCCCGGCGGGGGAUGAAACCUCAGCCUGUGGCUCAUGGCACCGGUUAGAUGUCCACUGCUACACUCCUCGGACUGUCGUUUCUUAAAGUCUGCGUUGGUGACUCCAUGUGAGUCGCAUCCGUGGACGGGGGUUGAGAAUUCUAGCAGAGAAGCCGUUUGUGGUGCUCAGAGCCGGGGGUUGCCCUUCACAGCCACUGCUGUCAGCUGUCCACCUUACAAAACUCCCAAAAGGCGCUUUUUAGCGGAACUUUGGGUAACUUUUUCUUAUUUCAUUGUGAUUCUUUUAAGGAAAUGGGAAAGACUGAUUAAAGCCUUUCCCCUCUUAAUCGCUUUAAAAAUGAUGAAAUACAUCUAAAUAUCGGGAGGCAUUUUGGUAAAAAGGCUUCCGUGGAACCUGGUUAUCCAGACGCUCUUGCCUGGUGGCUGCAGAGCAACACCAGGGCCUCGGGUGCACGGCUUCUGAGCGGAAUUGCACUUUCAUCGACUAACCCUCAGUCCCUGUGGACUUAUGGGAUAGUGGGCCUGGGAACCUGGUUCUUUCUUACCUGCCAAAGAAUUACCCAGAAGCACAUCAAACGCCAACACCCCCCUGCACAGUGCGGGGGAGAACCUUUUGUAUCCCCAAACAUUUCUUUACAGCACCUGCUGCACCGUUUGGAAGUGUAUUUUUAACCUCAGGAUUUAAAUAAACACUAUGACAUUGAGAA